AUGCAGCAUAGUAAUACUGGAGGAGGAUUUUUUUCCAAAAUAAAAGAAAACUAUAGUACAAAAUUAGCAAAUUUAUCAUUAUCGAAUUAUACAGAGAAAGAUGGUUCAUCAGAAGAUGAUACAUUAAUUCAUAAUGCAUUUGUAAAAUAUUAUGAAUCUAAAGGCUUACCAUAUCCAGAAUGGUUGGGUGUUAAAAUAAUAGAUCAUCAACAACAACCAAAUUAUGGUAGAUCUUCAAGUUAUAACACAAAUGGUGGUGGUUCAAGUUCUCAUGCCUAUAGGAAUUAUAAUUCAAAUCAAACUUCACAAUUUCAACCUGUUAGACAAGAUAAUGUUUUCAAUAACAGUUAUAAUCAAAGAGCGUAUAACAAUCAACAACAACAACAACAAGCACAGCAACUGCAGGGUAGUUCUAGUCUGCCUCAACAACCUACUUAUCAAAGGGGUUCAAGCAGAUUACAAGACAUGUACAACAAAUCAAGACAGCAGUCUCAAGGUAGUAAUUAUGGGAGUAGAUAUAGUCGAUAA